AUGGCCCAAAAACCACUCCGCGACUGGGUUUACCUGGUCAUGAUCAUCCCCCAACUCAUCGGCAUGAUCGAAUCUCUCUACGUCUCUCCCAAAGCUCCCCUACACUUCCUCACCAUCAUCCGCGACACCUACCUCUCCCUCUCAGGUGAUCCCUUUUACGGCCCAGCUUUCUCUGGGGAGUGGCUUCGCAGCAUGUACUACAUCGAGCUGUUUGUUCAAUUCCCCCUCGCUGCGUAUGUUGUCUGGAACAUGGCGUCCAAGAAGCCUACUUCUGGACCUACUGAGCUUGCUGGGCUAGCUUUUGGGUGCUUGACUGCCAUGGGUUCUGUCGCCUGCGUCGCUGAGCUUUUGGCUAUGGGACCAGAGAUGGUGAACGAUCAGCAAAAGUUGACUUUGGCUUGGGGCACGUAUUUCCCUUAUGCAUUUAUUCGUAAGUUUCCUCUCUCUUGUCAUAAAUAUUGCUGA